AAAUGCUCAGCAAGUUAUUCAAAUCAUCAUUAAAAGUGAACUAACACACUGUGAAUGCAUUCAGUAGCAAGGUAAUGAAGGGAGAAUAUGUCAUUGGUAUAGAUUUGGGAACAACUAACUCAUGUGUAUCCAUAAUGGAAGGUAUCUAUGAUUCUAAUUCUUAAUUAGCUGGAACACCAAAAGUCAUUGAAAAUGCAGAAGGUAUGCGUACUACUCCCUCAGUGGUUGCCUUUACUGCUGAUGGACAAAGAAUAGUUGGAGCACCAGCAAAAAGACAAGCUGUGACCAAUCCAGAAAAUACAGUAUAUGCCACAAAAAGAUUGAUUGGUAGAAGAUUUGAUGAUCCGAAUGUUCAAAAAGAUAUUAAACAUUUGAGUUACUCUGUUGUCAGAGCCUAAAAUGGAGAUGCUUGGGUUAGUUUGAAGAGUAAUAUCUAAAUAUAUUUCUCAAGGUGGUCAAACCUAUUCUCCUUCAUAAAUUGGAGCAUUUGUCUUAAUGAAAAUGAAGGAAACUGCAGAUGCUUACAUUGGAAAACCUUAAUCAAAGGCAGUCGUAACAGUGCCAGCCUAUUUCAAUGAUUCACAAAGACAAGCAACUAAAGAUGCUGGUAAAAUCGCUGGCUUAGAUGUGCUCAGAAUCAUCAAUGAACCAACAGCUGCAGCUUUGGCAUUUGGUUUAGAAAAGAAGGACAAUAAGAUUAUUGCAGUUUAUGAUUUGGGAGGUGGUACAUUCGAUAUUUCAAUAUUGGAAAUCAAUGCAGGUGUUUUUGAAGUCAAAGCUACCAAUGGUGAUACAAGUUGUGGAGGUGAAGAUGUUGAUUCAAUACUUUCUAAUUGGAUUAGUUCAGAAUUCAAAGCACAAGCUGGUGUUGACAUUUCCAAAGACAAAAUGGCAGUUCAAAGAGUCAGAGAAGCUGCUGAAAAAGCUAAAAUUGAAUUGUCCUCCACCACUCAAACUGAUAUCAACUUACCUUAUUUAACUGCUGAUGCUUCAGGUCCCAAGCAUUGCAAUCUCAAACUCACCAGAGCCAAACUUGAAUCUCUGACUGAAGAUUUUCUCAAAAAAACUAUUAAACCAACUGAAAAUUGUAUCAAAGAUUCAGGUUUGGAUAAAAGCAAAAUUGAUGAAGUUAUUUUAGUUGGAGGUAUGUCUAGAAUGCCAAAAGUUUAAAAACUAGUUUAAGAUCUCUUUAAUAAAACACCCAAUAAAUCAGUCAAUCCAGAUGAAGCAGUCUCUAUUGGAGCUGCCAUUCAAGGUGGUGUCUUGAAAGGUGAUGUCAAAGAAUUAUUAUUAUUGGAUGUCACUCCACUCUCUUUAGGUAUUGAAACUCUCGGAGGAGUAUUCACCAAAAUGAUCCCCAGAAACACUACUAUUCCUACUAAAAAGAGCCAAACUUAUUCAACUGCAAGUGACAACCAAACUGUUGUAUCUAUCAGAGUGUUCUAAGGUGAAAGAGAAAUGGCUGCUGAUAACAAAUUAUUGGGAUAAUUCGAUUUGUCUGGUAUCCCACCUGCUCCAAGGGGAGUUCCUUAAAUUGAUGUUACUUUUGACAUUGAUGCCAAUGGUAUUGUACAUGUGUCUGCCAAAGAUAAGGCUACUGGAAAAGAUCACUCAAUCACUAUUUAAUCAUCAGGUGGUUUAAGCGAAUCAGAAAUCCAAGAUAUGAUUAAUAAAGCUGAAAAAUAUAAGGAUGAAGAUAAAAAGAGAAGAGAACUUGUUGAUCUAAAGAAUGAAGCUGAUGGUGCUAUUUUCAAUACUGAAAAAUCACUCAAUGAACACAAGAGCAAAUUAUAACCAAAUGAGGUUUAAGAAAUUGAAAGUGCAGUCUAAAAUUUAAGAGUUCUAUUAACUGAAAAUCUUACUUCAAAUGAUGUCCAAAGACUUAAGGAUGCAGUUGAGGGUGUUAAAAAUGCAGCCAUGAAGAUCGGAUAAGCCAUGUAUUAUAUUUUAAUUAACAUUAUAGGUAUCGUAAUACUGGAGGAGCUAGUGAAUAAUAAUAAUAGCAAUCUCAUGAAUAAACUGGAGACUAACAAUAAUAAUAAAACUAAGAAGGAGGAGAAAAUAAUAAUAAAUAAAAUUGA